AUGGCCAUGGCUAAGGUUUCGGAAGUAGAACAGAAACGACAGUCGCUUAUAGAUUGUAUGAAGGUUUAUCUGAUCGUUCCAGGGUGGUGGUGGGUGGGCGCAUGUAUCGGCGGCGCAGUGUUGCUGUGCGCCGCAGGUGCGCUGGCACAUCCGCUGCUGCGCCGGCGUCUCGCAGGAAACACAUCUACAACAGCCAACCCCACGGCGUGUACGUGUGGAGGUGCUCGUAAGACGAGGUCGAUGCGAGUGUGUGCGGCGACAUCGGGGCAGCCGGUGCACCCGCGUCGCCCGCCCGUUCGCCCCGCUACGCGACUGCGAACACCGCGCCGCGCCGCGGUCGCGUCCGCGUCAUUGAACAACAAGACUCGCUCGAUGGCAGCCGUAUUACUGCCAAUAUGA